AUGUCAGACAUUGAAAUAGUUUCCAAACUAUUAUCCGAUUCAGUUAUUGCAUCGACAUCAAAAUUAGCAGAAAAGAGUCUUAAGGAACUUGAGAGUCAGGAUGGUUUUGGUUUAACACUAUUACACAUAGUGGCGGCGGAAAAUCUGUCCAUAUCUACUAGAUUAGCAGGUGCCUUAUUUUUCAAGAAUUUCUUGAAGAGAAAAUGGGUUGAUGAAAAUGGUAACCAUCUCCUUUCUGCAUCAAAUGUGGAGUUAAUUAAGAAGGAAAUCCUACCAUUGAUGAUUAGUUUACCAACAAACUUGCAAAUCCAAAUUGGUGAGUCCAUUUCUAUCAUUGCAGACUCUGAUUUUCCAGUCAGAUGGCCUGGAUUCUUAGAUGAUCUGGUAUCCAGACUUUCUCCAGAUAAUAUGGUUCUGAACAAAGGUGUUUUGAUUGUUGCACAUUCCAUAUUUAAAAGGUGGAGACCAUUAUUUAGAUCUGAUGAUCUCUUUUUGGAAAUCAAACUAGUUUUGGAUAAAUUUACAGUUCCUUUUUUAAGCCUUUUAGAAACUGUAGACAAACAGAUCGAUGAAAAUAAAAAUAAUACACCACAUCUAACAGUAUUAUUCGAUGUUUUAUUAGUUUUGCUCAAAUUAUAUUAUGAUUUUAACUGUCAGGAUAUCCCUGAAUUUUUUGAAGAUAACAUUCAACAGGGUAUGGGUAUCCUACAUAAGUACCUAAACUACUCAAACACACUAUUAGAGGACCCAGAUGAUCCAGAACAUGCGAGUAUUAUAACUAAGGUAAAAUCUGCUAUACAGGAAGUUGUUCAACUAUAUACCACAAGAUAUGACGAUGUUUUCAGCCCAAUGGUCAAUGGUUUUAUCGAAAUCACUUGGUCACUAUUAACAUCCACCUCAGAUGAACCGAAAUAUGAUAUCUUAGUCUCGAAAUCUCUAGCUUUUUUAACUGCUGUUUCCCGUAAUCCAAAAUAUUUUGAAAUGUUCAACAACCAAGAGGCCAUGAACAAUUUAACAGAACAAGUAAUUUUGCCAAAUGUUACUCUUCGUGAAUCAGACAUAGAGUUAUUUGAAGAUGAUCCGAUUGAAUACAUCAGAAGAGAUCUUGAAGGGUCAGAUACAGAUACAAGAAGAAGAGCAUGUACUGAUUUUCUUAAUGAAUUGAAAGAAAAAAAUGAAACAUUAGUUACAAAUACAUUCAUGAUACAUAUGAAAAAGUUCUUUGAACAAUACCAAUCAAAUCCGGCAGAAAACUGGAAAUAUAAGGACCUAUAUGUCUUUUUAUUUACCACCUUAGCAAUUACCGGAAAUAUAACAAGUGCUGGUGUAUCUACGACUAAUUCUCAAAUGAAUGUAGUUGAAUUUUUCAGUACCCAAAUUAUCCCUGACUUGACCGGUAAUGUCCCUAAUAACAUCUUAAGGGUAGAUGCCAUUAAAUUCAUAUAUGUGUUUAGAAACCAAUUGAGUAAAAAUCAACUAAUAGAAAUUUUACCAAUGUUGGCAACCUUUCUAACAUCUGAUGAGUACGUUGUUUACACCUAUGCUGCAGUUACCAUCGAAAGAAUUUUGUCUAUUAGAGAGUCCGUAUCAUCUCCAAACUUCAUUUUCAAUAAAAAUGAUCUUAGUUCCAGUACUGAAAUGUUGUUAGGUAAUCUAAUAAGUUUAAUAAUGAAACAGGGAACUGUACCUGAAAAAUUGGCUGAAAAUGAAUUUUUAAUGAAGGCUGUUUUUAGAGUAUUACAAACAGCCGAAGACACUAUUCAAGGAUCGUUCCCUAAUUUGUUAAAUCAACUAAUCAGUAUAAUCAACGUCAUUAUGAAAAAUCCAUCUAACCCAAGGUUCUCUCACUACACAUUUGAGUCUGUUGGAUGCCUUCUGAGGUACACACCUGCUGAAUCUUUAAUCCCAAUAAUUAACUCAAUGAUGCCUUGUUUCUUACAUAUUUUAUCUGAGGAUAUACAGGAAUUCGUCGCAUACGUUUUCCAACUAAUAUCAUUUGGGGUGGAAAAGGUAGGUGCUGUCCCUGAUACGGUCAAACAAUUGGCACAACCUUUAUUAUCCCCAUCCGUUUGGGAUCUGAAGGGUAAUGUUCCUGCUGUAACCAGGUUAUUGAAAGAUUUAAUUAAGUUUGACAAGAGCGUCUUUCCCGAUUUGAUUCCAGUGUUAGGUGUUUUUCAAAGACUAAUUGCAUCUAAAGCAUAUGAAGUACAUGGAUUUGAGCUCCUUGAGUCUAUCAUGUUGUAUACAAACCUUGAUCAGUUGAAACCAUAUUUAAAACAAAUAGCGGUAUUACUUCUUCAACGUUUACAAAGCUCCAAAACAGAAAGAUAUGUCAAGAAAUUAGUCGUUUUCUUAUUUCUAAUAUCCUGGAAGUUAAAUGGAGACUUUGUUGUGCAAUUUAUAGAUGAAGUCCAAGAAGGUAUUUUUCCUCAAAUUUGGAACUCCUUUAUUAUCCCAACUUUGCCAACAUUGGGUAAUCUACUUGACCGUAAAAUUGCAUUAUUAGGCGCCACAAAGAUAGUGACAGCAAGUUCACUAUUUACCAACAAAUAUCCACAGCUUAUUGUUCCAACCUUCGAAAUAUUAAUAACAACCUUAGUAUCAGAGGAUGUGACAAGCUUUAAGAAUGAUUUUGUUGACUUGGAGAAUAUGGAAGAAAUUGUGACAUUCGGCUCGUCUUUCAGUAAAUUAGGCGUUGUAAGCGAAAAAGCUGUAGAUCCAUUACCAGAAGUAGACUUAACCAAUGGUUUAAAAAUCUAUGUCGGUCAAUUAUUGGGCAAGUAUGUAGCUAGCCAAGGCGCAAACUUUUCUAGUUCCAUUCUCCCAAAUCUAACCAACGAAACUCAAACAAAAUUAAACCAACUAUUAACUGGCGCAUAA